AUGUCUAUCGAAGUUUUCCAUCUUGGACUCUCUCAAUCUGAGAGAAUCGUAUGGCUUUUGGAGGAACUUGAAGUACCAUACAAGUUGCAUGUCUUCCAAAGAGACCCCAUAACAGGUCUCGCACCUAAAGAAAUCAAGGAGAUUAACCCCGCCGGAACCGCACCGUAUUUCCGCGAUACCACUGUUUCACCGCCAGUCGAGCUCGGAGAGUCUGGUGCAACCGUUGAGUACAUUCUCAACAUUCAUGGCAGCAAGGUCGGAUCAGGAGCCCCGAGACUCCUUCGUACCCCCGAUGACGCCGAUUACGCCGCCUAUCUCGAAUGGUUUCAUUUCGCAAACGGCACUCUGCAGCCCACUCUCGGCCGCGCUAUGACCCUGUUGUUCGCCGGCGCUUCGCAAAGUGACUUUGGCAAGCGGAUGGAGGUCAAGUCCCACGAGGCUCUCAAGCUGAUCGACAACCGCUUGGCUAACAACAAGUGGCUUGCCGGUGAGAAUCUGAGCGCCGCGGAUAUCAUGACGGUUUUCACUCUGACUACCAUGCGUGGCUUCUAUCCUCUUCUGGACUUGUCGGAGCACAAGAACAUUCUGCGGUACCUGAAGGAUGUUGCCGAGCGCCCUGCGUACCGCAAGGCGCUGGAGAAGGGAGAUAAGGACAUGGAGCCUAUGAACGGGCCAAAGGUCAAGGCUUUCAAGCAGUUCAAGGGAUUCGGUGCCAUCUACGAGUCUCUGGGCUACUAG